UUGCCGUACAAGGUAAAAGAGAUUUCGCAAUCCACUGCUCUCCAUGUUCCAAACAAAAACAGUGCGAGCUCCGCCACACGGAUUCGAACUCCAACUUUACCCCCGAACUUCCUGCGCUUUGACGGAUGGUUGACUCCACCGCGGCCCCGUGAAGGUUCUCGUGAGGUGAACAAACUGCUUCCUGUUUCUUCUCUCCACCUGAGGCGCCUGAGAGAGCGCCACCUGCAGGCAACACAUCCAACGAGCCAGCCGUCGCAGGCCAAACCAACCACAUCUGAUCUGAUCUGCCAACUCCUUAGCCGGAGGCGGUAAGGCCCCCCCCACCCAGCAAGAUGAAGAAGCCCCAUGCAGAAAAGGACAGCGAUGAGUAUCGCCAGCGCCGCGAACGCAACAACCUGGCCGUGAAGAAGAGCCGCAUGCGCAGCAAGCAGAAGGCGAUGGACACGCAGCAGCGCGUCAACGAGCUGAAGGAGGAGAACGAGCGGCUGGAGGCCAAGAUCAAGCUGCUGAGCAAAGAGCUGAGCGUGCUCAAAGACCUCUUCCUGGAGCACGCCCACAACCUGGCCGACAACGUACACCCGCCGGCGGGCGGGGACGGCCCCAGCCCCGCCCCCAACAACACCUCCACCAAUGGGCAGUGAGGGUCACAGGGAUGUUUGAUAUCUGGAGCUUUUUUCUGGGAACUUUGGAAACAUGGCCGCACGUCUUCUUCACUGCUUGUCUUUGUUAGAAAUGAACUCACCCCCCCCCCCCCUUUGCCCUUUAACCACACACCUUCCAAAAAGUUGGUCUCUUACAAUCCCUCUGGAAAAAUAUUUUCCAGCUGAAGAAGUGAUGAGAAAUAAUGAGGAACAAACAGACCCAUGAAUAUUUUAACAUUAAUUUAUUGGACUCUUGACUAAAAGGCUUUUAUUAUGAAAGGCGGCAGCAGCUUGUGUUAAUUGGACAUUUUCUUCAAUUAAAAUGAAUUGCUGGAAAGUUUGUUCAGUGACAGAAGAAGAAGCUGCUCCUCCACAACAGACAGUGUGUGGUGGAGGAACUAAACCGACUCUUUGUGUUAUUGAUCGAUUGAUUGUGAGAAGAUGUGAACUCAUAUAAACGGAGACUUGGUCCAGUCAGAACUUGGUCCAGUCAGAACUCACCAGCAACCGAAGCACUUCCUUCCUGUGCUUCCUCUUCCUGGCGUCUCGUUUCCGAGCCGCCGGGCGGAGACGAGGACGCUGCUGGACGAGAUGUUGGACAAACUCUCUGCUCGUCCUCAGCUGCAGGACGGAGAUGAUUUCAAAUCUUAAAUUCCUUUUUUUAGGUUGUAUAUUUUUUUCCUUUCUUUUUAGAAAUGUCUCGUUAGAAAUACCUAAUGAGAUUUUUAAGGUUCUUCACUACAUGAUGAUAUUUAAGGGACAAUUCAGCUUUUUACAGUUUGUUCUUUUUACACUCGUAUAAAUUAAAAGAAAAUGUUGAUACUCGGCUCAGCUGACAGAAGAGGGUGAAUGUGUAAAAACAUAAAAACAGCAGAAUUGUCCUUUAUGAGCAGAACAGAGCAGGUGUGACUCUUGAGUGAGACGCAGGGUGUGUUUGAUUUGAAAACCGGGGUCACCUGUCAUGUGUGGAGCUCCUGCAGAUGCAUGUGUGUCUCCAGGGAUGAAACCAAACAGAGCAGUGCAUCCUGGGAAAACUGUCGUCACAUUGAAUAUUGAUUAUUUACAUCAUCAAAGAAUCAGCUGAUUCUUUUCCUGAUGGAUCGUUUGCUUAGAGAGAGAAAUGUUUAAUCACAUGAUCAGUUCUGAUGUUUGCUCUGAAUCAUCUCAACACAGAUUAUUGAUCGUGUUGAAUCUCAGACGAACGCUCGACUUCCUGUGGACGUCACAUGUUGAUCAAUGGCUGGUGAUACAGUCUGAUUGGAUCUGAAUGGACCGAGUGGCUGCACUGGGUUUUGUCUCUGGUGAACACGUCAGGUGUGUUCAACAGGCCGACCCAGGCCGACCCCGCCCUGCUCGCCUGAGGGGGGUCCUGCUCCAGACGCCUGUGUGUGUUAACUGUGUGUGUUUAGUGUGCGUUUGUGGUGCUGGGCGGAUCCAGACACCUCGAGCCGCAGCUUUAAUUAAAUCCAGGUUUAAACCGGGCCGGGUCGUUAAUGAGGUCUGAGCAGAUCCGAACAGGCCCCCCCACCGCCCCCGUCAGCACACCGCGAGGGGGGCGGGGCCACGGCGUGUUGUUAUCGGACUUAAUAAUUAUGUGAGCUUUGUGCGGGUGUGGAGUGUUUUCCCUGGGAUUUGUCUGUCAGGAGCUUCACCUCCCUGCAGCAGGGUUGUUGUCUGAGCUCUGCUGCUCUAACGUUCCCACAGCGUUCCCUCGACCACGUGACCGCUCUGUUUUAAACGUGUUCCCUCACAGGGGGGGGGGGGGUCCGGCUGCAGGGUCUCACUCUUUCAUUUCCAUCAUCAGUUUCUUGAGUUUGCUUCUAAAGUCAAACCUGCGGCAGAUCAAUCAGAAAAUAUUGAUAUUUAAUAUUUUCAGUUCAGGGUGUCACACGAUGCCACCUCUGACUUGCUGAUGCCAUCAGAGAAAUCCUGUUAAAUUCAGUGAGAUUAAUAUUAUAUUAAUAAAGUUAUUUAAAAAAAAAAAGAUAUAUAUAAAAAUGACCAAAACAAGAAAAGAAAAUGUAAAUGUUCCUGUUUUUACAGCUGAACUGUGAAAGUGACACAAACCCGAUGUUUAUUGUGUGACAUGUUUUAACGUAGUUGAAAGUUCACAAAGAUUUUAAACAUUUGAAUAAAUGUUGAAGUGCGUCUGACGUCAGCUGAUCUGUUUGUGAUCGGACACGUUGUGGGAACGUUUCCUCACGAAGCUCCGUCUUCUUUCUGUCGUUAGAGUUUUCUACUUUUCUUCUGAACAGCAGCAUGUUUCUAGAGAAGUCUCUGCAUGGGGGGGGGGGGGGGCAGAUGAAUCAUCUGAAUGGACAUUGGAUUUGAUUCAAUAGGAACAGAUCAGAUCUGUUGUGUUCAGGUCUGAAUGUUGCUGGGCAGCAUUUCUGUCACUCAGCGUUUUUUGUAUCACGAGCAGCGAAAAUUAAAACUGAUGAAAAAUUAAA